UGCGCGCCCAUGCGCGUCUACGUGGUCAACCUGGCGCUGGCCGACCUGCUCUACCUGCUCAGCAUCCCCUUCGUGGUGAGCACCUACGUCACCAGGGAGUGGCACUUCGGGGACGUGGGCUGCCGCGUGCUCUUCAGCCUGGACCUGCUGACCAUGCACGCCAGCAUCUUCACGCUGACCGUCAUGAGCCGCGAGCGCUGCGCCGCCGUGCUGCGGCCGCUGGACGCCGUGCGGCGCUCCCGCGGCUACCGCAAGGUCCUGGCGCUGGGCACGUGGCUGCUGGCGCUGCUGCUGGCGCUGCCCAUGACGCUGGCCAUCCGGCUGGUCCGCAGGGGCCACAAGAGCCUCUGCCUGCCGGCCUGGGGCCCGAGCACCCACCGCGCCUACCUGACGCUGCUCUUCGGCACCAGCAUCGUGGGGCCCGGCGUGGCCAUCGGGCUGCUCUACGUGCGCCUGGCCCGCGCCUACUGGCGGUCGCAGCGCGCCGCCUUCCCGCACACGCGGCGGCUGCCCAACCCCCGGGUGCUGGGCCUCAUCCUGGGCAUCGUGCUGCUCUUCUGGGCCUGCUUCCUGCCCUUCUGGACCUGGCAGCUGCUGGCCCAGUACCGCGGCGCCGCGCCACUCGCGCCCCGCAGCUCGCGCAUCGUCAACUACCUGACCACCUGCCUCACCUACGGCAACAGCUGCGUGAACCCCUUUCUCUACACGCUGCUCUCCAAGAACUACCGGGACUUCCGCCGAAAGUCCCCUGCGCGCCCUCCCAGCACCCACUUCAGCUCCGUCGGCGCGGAGCCGCCCCCUUCUUUCCCGGGAAACCUCUGGUGCUGUUCCGAAGGCCCGCGGCCCGGCCCCGGAGAGUCCUCUGCUCUGCCUGAGGUCCGCCGGCUGCAGACGUCUGUCCACGCGGCAGCGGUCAGCACCCGGCUCCUCCUAUGGGGGAACACCGCCCGUCAGUGA